AACCACGUAUUCAGUCCAAACCACGUAUUCGGCCCAAAUCAUGUAUUCAAUCCAAACCUUUUUGUCGUAAUCAAAAAAGUACAAAAGAGAUUGGUAAUGUUUUUGAACGUCAAAUUGAAAAAUUAUUAAACAAACAUGAAAUUAAAGCACAUAUUUUUCCUUGUCGACAAGGAGAUGGUGGAAUUGACAUUAUUGCUACAUUUAAAAGACGAAAUAUUCUUAUUCAAUGUAAAAAUGUUGGUAGUUCCAUAGAUGUUAAUAAGUUAAAAAUUUUUGAAACCUCGGUUUCCCGGUUUGGAAAGGAGGUAUUAAGUGUUAUUGUUUAUAAUAGUAAAAAAUUGAAAAAUAACCCUUUAACUACAAAUGCCGAGACAUGGCGGAAAGGGUCAUGUCCUAAUAUUUGUAUUGAAACUGAGAAAACAAUUGUUGAUUGUAUUAAAAAUAAGAUAACACAGACAAAAUUCAAACAAACCGAAGAGUCGGAAGAAUUAGAAGAAUCAAUGAUGGAAUUAGAAGAAUCAACAGAAUUAGAGUCAGGAUUAGCUAAUGAAUUAGAUGAUGAAUUAUCGGAAUCAGAGUCAGAGCAAUAUUUUGAAGAAACAUUUUCAGUUAAACAAACAAGUUUCAAGAAUGGUCAAGAUAUUAAACGGCAUAUUGAAAAUUUAUUAAAUCAAAAUGGAAUUAUAGCUAACCUUUUUCCUCAACGACGUGGAGAUAAUGGAAUUGAUAUCAUUGCUACAUUUAAGAGAAAAAUCAUUCUUAUUAAAUGUAUAAAUGUUAGCAGUCCUGAUGACAACAUUUUAAGAGAUUUUCAAGCUUCAGUUUACCGGUUUGGAGAAGGAAUAUUAAAUGUUAUUUGCUGCAAAAAAGGGGGAAACUAG